AUGGUGGCUGGGCCGGGGGAAGUUUGUCCCUGGNCGCCCGGAGCGCGGCGGGGUCGCGGGGCGCCGCCGCCACGGCCCGCGGGCUGGGACCUUCGGGAAGGGGCGGCCGCGAGGUGGGCCCGCCGGCGGCCCCGGCCCGGCUCCUCGGCUGUCAGUCCCGGAGCUGGCCGCCUCGCCGAGCCUAUUUUUAGGCCUUUGGGGCUGGGUUGCAGGAAGCCCGAGCCCGGCGAGCGCCCCCGGGGAGCGGGACCCGCGAGGUGGGAAGGCGCCGGGCCACUUGUUGCAGGGUGUCCGGGCCGCUCGGCGAGUCUGCCCCCGAGGACCCCAGGCCGUGCUGUUGAGUCUAACAGUGGGGUUAUUGCAGCCACUGAACCGCGGAAAGAUUGCAGAAGUCAGCCGGGGCUCGGCCAUCUCCGGGAGCGUUUAGCCUCCUCCCCAGCUGCCUUGCCUUUGCUAGAUCAGGCCUUUGUGACACUGACCACAAACGAUUCCUACGCCAAAGGAGCCCUGGUCCUGGGCUUGUCUCUGAAACAGCACAGGACCUCCAGGAGGCUGGUCGUGCUCAUCACCCCGCAGGUCUCGGACCCCAUGAGGAAAACUUUAGAGACCGUCUUUGAUGAAGUCAUCGUGGUGGAUGUCCUGGACAGCGGUGAUUCUGCACAUCUCACCUUAAUGAAGAGGCCUGAGUUGGGUGUCACGUUGACUAAACUCCACUGCUGGACACUCACACAGUACUCAAAAUGUGUAUUCAUGGAUGCAGAUACCCUGGUCCUAGCCAAUAUUGACGAUCUUUUUGAGAGAGAAGAAUUGUCGGCGGCACCAGACCCAGGGUGGCCUGACUGCUUCAAUUCUGGAGUCUUUGUUUAUCAGCCUUCAGUCGAAACAUACAAUCAGCUGUUGCGUCUUGCUUCCGAGCAAGGUAGUUUUGAUGGUGGGGACCAGGGUUUACUGAACACGUUUUUCAGCAGCUGGGCAACAACAGAUAUCAGGAAACACCUGCCGUUCAUUUACAACCUCAGCAGCAUUUCCAUAUACUCCUACCUCCCAGCGUUUAAAGCGUUCGGUGCAAAAGCCAAAGUUGUGCAUUUCCUAGGACGAACCAAACCGUGGAAUUACACUUACAAUCCUCAAACGAAAAGUAUUCAGAGUGAGUCCCAUGAUCCCAACAUGACUCACCCAGAGUUUCUCAGCCUGUGGUGGGACAUCUUCACUACCAGCGUGUUACCUCUGCUUCAGCAGUGUGGCCUUGUCAAAGACACCCACUCGUGUGUCCAUGUGGAAAAUGUCUCAGGAGCCGUAUCACAGCUGUCCCUUGGGGAGAUCCCAGCUCCGGCACAGCCCUUUGUAUCCUCAGAAGAACGGAAGGAGCGGUGGGAACAGGGCCAGGCUGACUACAUGGGAGCAGAUUCCUUUGACAACAUCAAGAGGAAACUUGACACUUACCUCCAGUAGAAACACUGGGUUUUCGGUGGACACAAUCCACUUCACAGGCACUUGUUUCUGAUACUUAGUACCUAGAGCUGGGUUAAGAAAGGUCUGUUACAGUUGCUAGAGGCUUUCACUAAAAUUCAUCAGAUGUGGGGGUUUUUGCAAGACAACUGGUGAGAACUGGGCAAAAGUUGUUUAAGUAGCAAUUCUGUUACAUGAACAAGAGUUCUGCUUUUUAACCCUGAGCUUGUAUUUCCGAAAUUCUCAAUUAAGCUGAUUGCCAAUGUAUAUGGUAAGGGAAACUCAAUCUUAAGUUGUUAGGAUACCUGUAUCAACUCUUAAAAUGUGCCAAGCCAGGCUGCACAUCAGUCUCCUUUCAGAAUGGGACACGCACGGUACAUGUCUCCUGCUUGCUUGCUGUUCCCCUCACUAGACCUGCAUUUUAGAGUCGCCCAGAGGCUGCCAGAGUGAUUGUAAUUCUGCUUUCAGAUAAAGACAGCCUGUAGCACUGCUGAGUGAUUCAUAAGCAUAUCAACAAACGGUGUUCACCCAUUUCCUAGCCUUAGUGUCUGAAGAUGUUCACGUUUUCUGUGUACAGUGAGGCGGCAUGCUGGAAUGCUCUGUUCCGUUCUGUAUAUCUGAAAACAGCGGUGUGAUGGCUCCCUGCAGUGGCACCCUGUAUGAGAAAUAAAGACUUAUUGCCA